ACUUCCUGUGUGCAUAGGAGCAGGACGAGCUGUGUGAGGAGCGAGCCUACGAGGCGAUUGCGAUGAGGCUCACCGCUCUGUCACUGCAGUACAACUACUGCUGGAUCAUACUGCACUACCCGGACGGCAAGGGGGGAGGGUUCUCCAGCGAAGCCUUCAGCAACUUGGUGAUGGUCUACUCCUCUCUGGUGCUCUUCGGCAUGAAGCUGGAGGACCUGGACGUCAAGGUGCUGAUUGCAAUGGAGGUGUCAGAAGUGGCCCGCUGGGUCAACCGGAUCUGCUUCCUCAGCCUGAUGUGCAGCGGUCGUGAUCCCGUCGACUACCUGGAGCGAGACUGGCUGGCCGUCACGUCGUCGCAGGUGAGCUCCACGUCAACUCUUUGCAUUUGUCACACGUUUACAUUCCCCCACGUUGGUCAGGAGGAGCUUUGCCUGUCGCACUUCCCCUGCAUCAACCCCCUAGUGGCUCAACUGAUGCUUCGGAGGGUGCCCUCGUUGCCAUGGCUACUCGGCGCCACCCUGACGCAGCUGGCGGAGAUGUUGCCAGAGGUGCCGCACAAGGUCCUGAAGCUGUUUAGCAAUGCCACCUCCCUGUAUGAAGCUCAGCCGGCCCAGUCAGGUCCAGUCCAUCCACUUCCUCCUCCUCCUCCUCCACCUCCUGCUUCUCCACUUCCUCCUCCUCCUCCUGCUUCUCCACUUCCUCCUCAACCCGAGGAGGCCAUUCCCGAUCCAGCACCAUUUCCCAGCGUCAACCCCAGCUUCCUGUUGGCCCCAGAUGACGCCGAACUCAGCUUCUACUCUCAGGAGGAGCCUGCUUAUUUCACCCACGACCCGAAGUGGCCUGCCGGAAGCCCAGAGCUUAGCCACUGGUCUGGAGCUGAUCUGUGGAAGGACGAAACCGGCCAGGAAGAGGUUUUAAUUGGUGGCAAGGGCCGAGCCGGAGUGGCAGAGAGAGGGAGUGGCCAGUUGUCGCAACAAGGUUCGAGGUCCUUGGACGCCCUACUCGGCCACUUCAGCCCUCCUUCAAAGAGCCCGUUGUGGAGAAGAGGCCCAACUGGUCGAGGUUCACGCACGGGAGGGAGAUUGUCAACUAACUAUGGAUCACGAUGCUGUAUGGGACAAGAGAGGAAGAGAAGUGAACAGGCAGCAUGCUUGACAAGAAUAGCGCCGACUCCUCUGAAGAAAAGCAGGCUGAGCUACGAGAAGGUGCCCGGACGGACAGACGGACAGACCCGACUUAAACUUUUUUAAAUGAACCCAUUCUGUUCAUUUCCAGUUCGGCGUUCCCUAUAAAACUAUUUCACAUGUUCACGAUUGAUUUGUUCGACAAAGUUUACGGACGACAGCAAGCAUUGCAGUAUUUAAACACGGUGGUGUAUUUAUAUAAUGUUUUUGUGUGCUGUGUUUCUCAAUUUCAACAAUUAAACGCUGAGUGUGUCAAAAAAACA